UUCUUCGUUCGACCGCGGUGCCGUCCACAGCGAAUGCGAUUCCCUUCCCGACUAAACUGCUUCUGGGAUCUCAAAAGAGUUGGAUCGAUCCGAACCGCCUGCUCGCCUUCCAAUUCUGUGCCGCGGUGGUUGAAUUCAUCGCAGCGGAUCGAUGGGAGGAUAAGGUGGUAGAUUCGUGUGAUCGUUUUCCUUCUUCCGUUUGUUUCCCCAGGGAAGGAAGGAGGGAAGACCGGGGGAGAGAGAGAGAGAGAGGGGCAGCGAUGAAACGGUUCAGGAACGGGGAGAUUUGGGGUUUUGAGGCGCAGGCGCCGACGGGACCCGCCGACGGUGUUGUCCUUGGCGUCGACGGGGGCACCACCUCCACCGUCUGCGUCUGCCUGCCCGCCGCCGGGCCGCUGCCGGAUCCCUUGCCCAUCCUUUCCCGCGCCGUCGGUGGGUGCUCCAACCACAACUCAGUCGGAGAAAAUGCUGCAAGGGAGACCCUAGAGGAGGUUAUGGCUCAAGCUCUUUCAAAGGCUUGCUACAGUCGUAAAGCUGUUCGAGCAGUCUGCUUAGCCGUAUCUGGAGUAAAUCAUCCUACAGAUCAACAGAGGAUACUAGAUUGGCUCCGAGAUAUAUUCCCAAAUAGUGUCAAGUUUUAUGUUGAAAAUGAUGCCGUUGCAGCAUUGGCCAGUGGCACAAUGGGAAAGCUCCAUGGCUGUGUAUUAAUUGCAGGCACAGGCACCAUUGCUUAUGGGUUCACUGAGGAUGGAAAAGAAGCCAGAGCUGCUGGUGCAGGACCAGUCUUGGGUGAUUGGGGGAGUGGAUAUGGCAUUGCUGCACAGGCAUUGACUGCCGUGAUUAGGGCACAUGAUGGUCGGGGACCUCAGACAAAGUUAACGAAAAGCAUUCUUGACAUGCUUGAGCUUCCUUCACCAGAUGAACUGAUUGGGUGGACUUAUGCAGAUCCCUCAUGGGCUCGUAUUGCUGCACUUGUUCCCAUUGUGGUAUCUACCGCUGAAGAUGGCGAUGAAGUUGCAAAUAGGAUAUUAUAUGACUCUGUACAGGAGUUGGCAGACAGUAUCAUAGCAGUUGUUAGAAGACUUAGAUUGUGUGGCGAAGAUGGCAAAGAGGCCUUCCCACUUGUUAUGGUUGGUGGUGUUCUUGAAGCUAAUAAGAGAUGGGAUAUUGGAAAGGAAGUUGUAAACUGCGUUUCCAAGAUUUUCCCAGGGGCCCUACCUAUUCGACCCAAGCUAGAGCCAGCAGUUGGGGCAGCAUUGGUGGCCUGGAACCGGUCCAUGAGAGAACUUAACGAUGUUCGGGAAGGUGAUUCCCCUCAAAUAUCGGUGCUACAAUAACAAAUAUUGGGCACCUCAUCAAUUGUUAUCUUCCCAAGGAAUAUAUGAUGCUAUGAUAUAAAUGGGAAUCAACUAGGUCAGACCUACAUGCUAUUUCACAACUCGUUCUUCCCAACAGAUUGAUAUACAGUUUGUUGUUGUUGUUGCAUUGUUUUUCUCGAUACAAGAUGGCAUUACUGGAUCCAAUACUUGGGUUGCUUCAUCACGUAUGAUUAAUGUGUGUCAUUGGAUGUUGGAACUUGGUUAGGUAUGGUAUUGUACAUAUCAGAAGCGUCAGUCAGUCGGCGCAUCCGUUUGGAGUGCGUGUGCAUUAGGGAAUCUCAUGAUGACAAUGCUGAGUCAAAGUGCUCGGUGGGCUCUUCAUGUUUUAUCAUUGAUUUCAGUGUGUGGUAAUCUUGUGAACA